GGAGUGUUCAAGUCAGAGUCGGAAGUGAAGAGCAUCGAAAUGGCACCACCACAGGCGCCAACGACUGARGACCARGAAAAAUUGCUCGACGAAGCAAUCCAAGUUGUCAAGUCACAGUCGUUUCAGAUGAAACGAUGUCUGGACAAAGGCAAGCUUAUGGAUGGACUAAAACAUGCGUCAAAUAUGCUGAGUGAGCUAAGAACUUCAUUGUUAUCACCAAAAAGUUACUACGAGUUGUACAUGGCAAUAUCUGACGAGCUGCGACAUCUUGAGCUUCAUCUUCUYGAUGAGUUCCAGAAAGGACGAAGAGUUUCAGAUUUGUAYGAGCUGGUUCAAUAUGCUGGCAACAUUGUCCCUAGAUUAUUGUAAAGAUGCAAUCGCACAGGAAUAUCUUAUGGAGUGCAUCAUCCAGGUUUUCCCUGAUGAAUACCAUCUGCAAACUUUAACAACCUUCUUGUCAAGCUGUGCCGAGCUUCACCCUCAUGUCAAUAUCAAGAACAUCAUUAUCAGUUUGAUUGACAGACUGGCUUUGUUUGCAAACAGAAGUGAUGGUGGUAUUCCAUCUGAUAUCAAACUAUUUGAUCUCAUGUCGGAGCAAGUUUCGUCUGUCCUUCAGGUUCGUGAGGACAUGCCUACUGAAGACAAAGUGUCACUUCAAGUUUCACUUAUCAACCUUGCUCUGAAAUGCUAUCCUGAUAGAGUGGAUUAUGUUGAUAAAGUACUGCAGUACACUGCUGAAGAGUUUGGUAGACUAGAGCUUGGACACAUUGACAAGAAUAAUCCAGUGUCCAAGGAACUCACCAAGCUACUUAAGAACCCCAUAGAUUCCUACAACAAUGUCCUGAAACUAUUAGAACUGAAGUAUUUUAUCCCUAUGUUCAACUAUUUCGACUUUGAAACUCGUAAGGAAAUGUCAUUGUACGUUAUCUCAAAUGCUGUGGACAGYGAAGUGAACAUUCCUACACAAGAACAGAUUGAUACUCUGCUCACAUUAGUAUCAACACUAGUAACAGAUCAAGAAGACCARCCAAGCGAACCAGAGGACCCAGAAGACUUUGCAGAAGAACAGAACUUGAUGGGCAAAUUUAUCACGCUGAUGAAGUCUGACAGCCCAGAUCAGCAAUACUUAAUUCUAAACACAGCUAGAAAACAUUUUGGCAGUGGCGGAGAAAAAAGAAUAAAGUUUACCCUACCCCCCAUAGUAUUUAGUGCUUAUCAAUUAGCUUUCCAGUAUGCAAGUGUCAAAGAAGAGGAUGAUAAAUGGGAAAAGAAAUGUCAGAAGAUAUUCCAGUUCUGUCAUCAAACGAUAUCUGCUUUGGCAAAGGCCGAUUAUUCUGAGCUUCCUUUGAGGUUGUUCUUACAAGGAGCAAUGGCUGCUGGAAAAGUUGGUUUUUCAAAUUGUGAGACAGUUGCUUAUGAAUUCAUGAGUCAGGCAUUCUCAAUAUAUGAAGAUGAAAUCAGUGACUCCAAGGCUCAGCUUGCUGCCAUUACCCUCAUCAUCUGUACGUUUGAACAAAUGAGUUGUUUUGGAGAAGAAAAUCAUGAGCCAUUACGUACCCAAUGCGCUUUAGCUGCAUCUAAACUACUCAAAAAACCAGACCAGUGUCGUGCAGUUGGAGUGUGCUCGCAUCUCUUCUGGUCGGGGAAGAGUAAAGAUGUUGACGGUGGAGAGUGCCGUGAUGGAAAGCGUGUCAUGGAGUGCCUUAAAAAAGCUGUYCGCAUUGCUAAUCAGUGUAUGGAUUCUACCGUCCAAGUACAACUAUUCAUUGAAAUAUUAAAUCGUUAUCUCUACUACUAUGAAAAGAAUGCCGACUCGGUGACACCAACAAUUCUAAACCAACUUUUGGAUAAAAUACGUGAAGACCUUCCAGGACUUGAAGAAACAGAGGAGACAGACCAAAUCGCAAAACACUUCAAGAAUACAAUCUCUCAUGUUGAGCUCAAGAAAAAAUCUUCYGAUGAAGUAUCACCCUCAUUUGAAGGGCUUUCAAUCUAAUCAGUGCUCGUCUAGGGUAAUUUCACAUGGGGGGAGGUGGAUAUUCAUCAAUGGCAAUCCYUGCACUGUGCCGUGCACUGUAAUGUGUUAUAUAAAUAUGUAUAUGGUGGAAGAACUUGUCGUGGAAAUGGCACAGUGUUUUAUAGAUCUUUGCUAAAAGGUUCACUGGCAAUAUAAUAUGUUUAGUGUUGUUAGUGUAAAAUGCUUUGGUUUUAGUUUUUGUCCAAUUUUCCUCAUCUGUUUCCCGUCAUAAUAUGUCUGGUUUUUUUUAAGAAAAAAUUAUAUAGAAAAURAAACAUUUAAUUCUUUGUAAGAACAAUAUUAUUGUUAAGUGUAUCAAUCAUAGUACUUGAAAUAAAUUCUCAAAUGAUUGCCA